UACACAUACAACUGUUUAAACGUGUAAAUGUUACCUAAUCUAUGCUACCUGAGCUACUAGUUGGGUGCAGUGCACGAAAUGAAAAAAUAAGUUACGAUGAUGGUUGAAUGAAUGCCAAUAAGGGAAUCGUGCUACUGAAAACAAAAAAUAUCAACUUCAUCGAGGGCACUAUCAUUCAAAAAUACACUUUUGAGGUAGAAGUUUAACCUUUGGUUGGCAGAGCUUAACAAUUCAAGUGGGUUGGUUUAGUCCAUCUCGUUGGCUGUUUUUUUUCAGAUUGAAAAUUGAUAUAAACUCUAUUUAUUAUAAAAUCGCCGUUCGUUAGAGUAUGAAAUGUUUUUUUAACAAUUUCACUACCCCAUACAGAUGUCGGGGUCAAUUUUAGGGACCUCAUAUUAGCUUUUUGAAUAUCAUGAAGAAUCAGAUACGUUUGGGAGAAACAAAACAAUUUCUACGGAACUUUCGUCAGUUGUUGCGAGAUCCUGGCUGUAAUUUCACAAUCAUGCUCUUUCCACUCUGAUAUUUUUAUCAAAUACAAACGAUAAAAUAAUACAUAUCUUAGUCGUCCCUCGACUUUUCCAGUCCAGGUCUUUUUUUAGUUCCCAACGACUAUUUGCACUUAAACGACCCAUCUUCCUGCUAAGGCACUGCCGCUGUUUUAAACACGUCUGAACGAAAGGGUACGAACACUUCGAACGACUACGGAUUUUGCGAUAGAUAGGUAGAUAAAACUGACUUUUAUAUUCAGUAUAUAAGUUAAUUAUAUACUCUCUGACAAACGCCAUUGUGACGUGCCGAACGAAGUUAGUACAAUACAAUACAAAGUUUUCCAUUUCUUACUCAAUAUACUUCACUUCGAAUGUCCUCUUCGAGUCGCUUUUGAAGUAGCCAUGAACCUCCAAGUUCACUGGUAACAGUCUUCCGUUUUGCUCUCACUUCUAACAACGACUAACAGCAAGCUGAGAAAUAUCUAAAUCGCUUUCAUAAUAAGUGGUUCCACCAACAACUUCACAGACAAAUAUAUACUCGACGCUGAGUGGUUAAAAAUAGAGAUAAUUCCUAAUUCAGUAAUUCAAGUGUAGCAGUAAGAUUCUUUCUUUUCCAUUUUUCGACAAGAAUAUAUCUAUUGAAAAUCAUGGACCGUUAACCAUAAUUGACAUUAAAAAGUAAAAGUUAUUAAUCAAACGUCUUCCCAUCAAGCCAAUGAUAUAAAUAUAAAAGAAUAUGUAAACACAUUUAUUUACUAAAUAUUCGUUUAGGUAUGAGUCAAUACGCUAAACGUAUAGAAUAUACAAUUUUCACCUUUUUCUUCUUCGCAGCCAGAACAUUACUUUUGUCUGACGUAAUCCUACAAAAUAGAUGAAAUCCAGCAGAAAAUGACGGUAGCCAGAACUCUUUGCAAUCACCAGCUCCAACGGCUACGCUUCGGAUUCCCACUUAUGUCUUGACAAUACUCAAUGUAUGCUAUACUUCCGUCGCUAGACGCACCAAGCCGAAAAAUUGUUCAAAAUACGCGGGCUCUGUUCAAUUCGCUUUUUUCCUAACCUCAUAGAGUGUCGCGGUUACUCUCGAUGCAUUUUCUAUUAAGUUCUGCAGGUGCCAUUAGCACGCAAGCAAUACUUUCUGUCUUUCAGAACCGCUCUACAACUGAACGAAACAGCAAUAAUUUUGUAUCUGGAGUGAUUUGCCGUCUCGUUUAGAACUUUUAGCACCGUUAGCACUUUGCCUCCACCGUAUUCUAUCCUAUCACAUAGAUGUCGUUGCUGAUUUCUUUCUCGAAACUCGCGAUGCAAAUGAUCAUUUAUCUUCUAGAAAUUUUAUCGCCCUAAAAUCAGCGAAAUCUUUUUUAACCCAUCGGGAAAACAGCAAUCGAAAGCGUAUCCAAUAACUUUUUUACUACUAAUAUUGCAUAAUUAGUACAAUGCAAGCUAUCCUAGUCAAUGAAGAAACAGUCUUAUUGUGUGUUGUCCUUAGAGACCACCCGGUGCUCGUGCAGGCUCGUACCUCACACUGGCUGUCCACUAUUGUUGAUCGCUGCCACUGUUGUCUGUUUGUUUUAUCGGUAUCCAAGAGCAGCUGAUCGAAGCGGCCAUACAGCUCACUAAUGGAUCCGAAUGACCAGCAAACGCAGACUCCCGUCGUUUAACAGAAAAACGGAAAUAUUUCCAGAGUGUCAAUGACAAUAACGGCAUUGUUGCGGACGAACUGGACUUUCCGGCGCUCCGACAAACAAAGUUGUGAUAUCCUGUUGAAGUAUCUCCGCUACUUCUUGAGCCUGUAUUGUGUCAUCCCGUAAAUAUUUCGCCAGAGGCAUUCCGCGUUUGGUUCCUCAGUGGUGGAUGGGUGUUUGUUUGUGCGUAUGUAUGUUUACAUAAUAAUCGCUUGCAUUUUGCUCGCCGUGUGUAGUCUCACAUCUCGAGUUCGCGUAAGCGUCCACGCGGCACUAGCAAGGCCUAUGGAAAGCAAUGUUCUCUACCUAAAACAAUGCUUAACGGCAGUAUCGGAGGAAAAACUCUAGAGGAUCUAACAAUAAAAGGCGACAAUGGCGUCAUUUAUUGAGAACUCAUGCUGUAUUGAGUGCUCCGUGGCCAUGCCCACCAGCUGGGCACGUCACUGAGCCCUGAGGGCAGAAUCGAUCUGGCGAUUUUUACCGAGCAAGAGGGACAGCAAUAGGAAUCCUUUCGGAAUAACGAGCGGAGCAGCCACGUCUAUGAAAAAAGCUUUGCCCCUUAAAUUUGUCGUGACCGCGGACGGUGACUGCUUGCUGAUGCUCUCGAUGAUCAUGGUCACAUUACUGCUGUUGGUGCUGGGAUAAGCCCGGCCUUUAUGAGCAUGAGUACAUGGCUUUAUGUCGCAAGCAGUGCAAAUCCGCUUCACCGCGUCAUCAAAACCAUUACUGUCGAAAAUAGCCAUUCGUUGUAGCUAAUCAAAUCAAGUUCGAGUACGGAAUACAAACACAGCACAAAGCCAAUUUUCCCUUGUCCAUAGAGUUAGUCAUGGCCUCGCUCGGAAUGCGCCCCUUGCUUCGAUGCCUUCAUCCAGCGAGGCUGACCCCAAACCACUGCGCACCUUACCAUGCCCAGCAACAACAAUCAUCGUCAAUGACACAGCAACAACAGCAGCCAGUGCAACAAACCCGGGCGUUGUACACGGCUCAGUCACUCGGGAUGGACAAGUUCGUCGAGCAGCGCGAAAGGGUCAAAGCGCAGUUUGGGCCCGAUAAAGAACGCUUUAUGGCACGUAUCCGGGAAUAUUUCCGACCGAUUCCGGCCGAGAUAGAAAAGGAAGGUACUGCAGGCUCGUCAUCUGGCGCCGCUGCCUGUGACUCCGGCGCCGUAAGUACCGCAAAUAGCAGUGGGAGUAACGCCAUGGUGUUCACCGAGGACCUUAAAAACGUGGUGAGUUUAUGCGAGAGCGACGACGACAUUGACCUCUGCGUUCGUAUGAUGCGGCGGUUCAACGAGCAGACGAAGUCACUCCGCUUCGGUACCUUCGUGUUCGGUCCGGUCGCUAUCCGUUUACUUUACGUGCUCGACAAGCCCGACCUGGCCAUACAGGUCUUGAAAGACCCACAAUUGGCGGGCUUUUUCGACCAGUUCAGCUCGUACCAGAUUGCUAUGGACCUUCUGUACAAGAAGGGUCGUUACGAUGACGUACUAGACCUCUAUCAACACAUGCGACAGCAGCAGCUCCACGGAACGCGUUUUCCUCGCGACUGUGUUGUGCUGGUACUGGGCGCAUGUUACCAAAUCUCGACAAAGGAAAGCUACGAGUUUGCAUUGAAACUCAUUCGUGAAGCGAGGCAAAGCGGAGCCCUGGUCCUGCGCAAGGGUUUGACAUUCACUGCGGCAUUAGCUCUUAACAUGAACGAGCCUAAACUGGCCAUGGAACUCCUGGCGCUCACCGCACAAAUUAAUUAUAUAACGGUUCGAAACCUUCGAUUAAUAGCGCUCAGUCAUUUAGAUCGGUAUGAGGAUAUCUUUCUGGUGUUACGAUCGAUCAUUCAUCAAUACCAUCAUUUGAGACAGGGUGAUUCGGAGAUCUGUCAAGAUACUCUUGAUCGAAUUCACAAGAAUCUGGAAAAGAAAGGUGAUACCGAACGGUUGCAACUUUUCUCACAGCUACAACGGGCCCUUAAAGAAGGAAACCAUCUCUCGACAUCGACAAUCGAUGAACUUCUCAACCGACCAAUGCAACAAAAGUCCAGGGAUACUAACCCACCACUGGCCAUGUUCAGAGAUCACCGGUCAUUUCCUUCGCCGGAUUCUCCCAGCGCGACUCUUCGGCGACCCACCUUAACUCAUGGAGCGAAUGUGUUUGUCACCGGUUGACAUACGGAGAUGCAUAGUCGUGGCCUCGACGAUACGUCUACUCAAAUCUGACUGGAAGAAUUCAUAGUUAUAAGAUACGUUGUGACCAAUAUAAAAUAGUCGCUCUGGUUAAAUUUUCUCAUGCAGAUAGAGCACAAACAUAGCAGUUUUCUCGAUGGUUCGUAGGCGCAUAUUUAACUAAAACACAGCAAUGCAGCAAUAACCCCGUUGUACAGAUUGUCAAGGAUUAUGCAGUAUAUCAGUCUGAUUCAGAUUUCAUCUAAUCUACUUAAAAUGAUCACAGGUAUUGUAGGUUAUAGCCAAUGUUUUAGGUGGACGAGAGAUCCUAGUCAUCUUUCGUAGCGGGCAAUAACGUCGAAAUCUCAGCCGGGAAAUACGUUUGCCCAGAUCUCGAUAUGGAAAUUCAAAUGACACAAUUAUGAACUUAUGACAAAAGACCAUUAUACAUUUGAAAACUGUAUUCCUACCAAACUCCUAUCCUUAAACAGUCCAAAACUGUUGCUCGUUUUUGACUGGCUCUUCAUGGACGUAGAUCAUUUUCCACUGCUAUGUUAUUUAAUACAUUUUGUUCGCCUUUACCGUGGUUUCACUUUACAGAGUUUAUCGUGGGGCCGGUACUUGCACGCAGCUGCGAGUAGCUUCUGGCAUACAUCCGAAAGCUGCCUAAAGAAACACACCCGCAAGUAUUUUUUUUCACAGUGCUCACUUACGUCCUCUUGACUUAAACCAGAUUUGCUGGCCGGCGUCCAUUAAUCGUAACUACCUAUCAAUCGUUACCCCUGCUCCAAAAAAUUGGUGAACACGGGCACUACUGAAUAACGCAGUUUUGUUUCGCGGCAUGAAAGUGUCAACGAAGGAUUUUUUCCUGUGUGCAGUGAUUUAUGCUAUCUCCAAGGAAAGAUCAUAUCAUUCACAAUGUUACUUACGCUCGCUUAGCUAUUAUGUCAUUGUACUUUGUUGUUCUAAGUUCGCUAGCACUGUUUGUUUUGAAAGGGGAAUCGCCCAAUGUAAAGGGGAAAACAAAACUGGAUAAGAAAGAAAUAAUGCAAACAACCACUAAAAGAGCGCUUAUCGGAUGAAGAAUUGCGUGAUUCAUGAUGUUAAAGCAAUACAAAUUGUGGCUAAGCAAUGGCCAUUAGAAGUCA